GCGACGGACGCGAGCAUUCGGACGCGCAGAGUCGUCCGAGUCUCGUCUUCGGUCUGCGUCGGUCGCCCUACCCCUCCCCUCGCUCGGCCCCCCUCCCGCCUGCGACCAGCCUCUCCUUUCAUGCUUUUCUGACGGCGCAGGCAUGGACACCAAGCAGCAGCAAAAGCUCGCAGAUCUCGCCGAGCAGGUCCUCCCACCGCGCAGACGCGACCUCUCCUUCUACGUCGUCCUCUUCGCAGCGGUGAUCCCGCUCUGGCUGAUCGUCCCUUCCUCCUGGGUCUAUGUGAUCUACAUCCUCCGUACUGGCAAGAUAUGGACCCUGGCUUGGCGUGGACGGCUCCUCUUCGCUGCUGCGCUCUGCGAGGUGUUCUUUAGCGUGUACCACUACAAUCUCACCACAUUCAUUGGUGGUCCUCACUCGCUUGCCCCCAACAAACUCAGCGAGCUGCAGAAGGCCUUCACGCGUGUUCUGCAGUCCGGUCUAGCGGAUCUCCCGGAGGACGGCUUCGAUGAGGAGACGCUCAAUGCUGAGAGGCCUGGUAGUCCGGCCGAGGACAUCAUCACCCUCCAGCACGACGAUCCCAGGGCGGUGGACUUCCGGAACUACUUGCGGACCUGGUUUGGCAAAGUACCGUGGUCCUCGAUCCGCAAACAUGAGAUGACUGCGUGGCUCUAUUGGUCGAUCUUCAACCAGCCGUACACUACCUUUGAGGCUCUUCCGCACGCACACCAGGUUGCGCUCCGUGAUGUCAUUCGUCUAAUAGAGGCUCGCUCUGGUUCUACCAUCCCCGACGGGUCUAAUCCUUCCGUCAAGCCUUUGCUGCUCACCCUCGACCCUGUAAGCGUCGUAUGGCGGCCAUUUCUCUGGUACGCGCUCGUGGCAGCAGUAAACCUCUACCUGCGGAAGCGCAUGGUGCGGAUGUGGAACUGCAAGUUCGGCACGUAUCAUGGCCUCGACUACAUGCUUCGCGUGCCUGCUGGCUGGGAUCCUCGCACGGGACCGAGGCCUGUCGUCUUCAUGCAUGGCCUCGGGCUCGGGCUGGCGCAAUACAACCGCUUCGUCACACAUCUCUUCCGUACGAUCCCGGACCACCCUGUGCUCGUACCCCUUCAGCCACAUGUCAGCCAAGACAUUAUGCACCCGCGGUACCUCCGCCCGAUGAGCCGACGAGACAUGGCGAGGACCCUUGCGAGCCUCCUCGACAUGCUGGGUUGGGCGAAGUGGGCCGAUAAGGAAGAUGUGGUGGAGAAGGACGAUACCCCUAUGGGUGUGACGAUGCUCAGUCAUUCAAAUGGCUCGUUCGCGCAUGCGUGGAUGCUGAAGCACUAUCCGUCCAUGGUCGCCCGGUCGUGCUUCGUUGACCCUGUGGUGUUCUGCUCCUGGGAAGGCGACCUCUGCUACAACUUCAUUUACCGCCGGUGUAGUACGGGUGUCGAGUUGGUUAUCAAGUUCUUCGUCGGGACGGAGCUCGGAGUAGCCAACUUCCUCCAGCGGCACUUCGACUGGUACGCUAACUCGCUAUGGUACGAGGAGAUCCCCAACGCGCGUGAUCCGUCCAAGACGAUGUACCUCCUCGGCGGUAGAGACGACAUUGUGAAUGCGAACCGCGUGAAGCGUUACCUCACGUCGCACGGCAUCCGAAAAGGCCUGUGGUAUGAUCCCGAAGGCAGGCACGGCCAGGCUAUGAUGUUCGCCGGCCAGGAUGCCAUCUUCCGGUGGCUCCUCCAGACCGAAGAGACAUCACAUUCGACAAGACAGGAAGCUAGUACGCGCGACAGUGCGAAAUGA